AUGGUUCUCACUACUCGGUGCGGGCAGGCCACGGCCUCCCUUCUGCGUCAGCGUUGUCUGGCUGAAUCUCGCCGAUCCACACUUGCUCUGCGCCCAUUUUCCUCUCAAACUACUGCCCAUUCGGCGGCAUCGAGUCUGCGAUUGCAGCAGAAGACCCCUUCGCCAUGGAGGCCCCAGCAGCUUCGCUCCUUCUCUAGUGCAAUUAGUCGCCUGGCGUCGGAGUCGACAAAUGCCCCCUCCGCUGAAAGCUACCUUGCCAGUGGCAUCGUAAAGCCAGGUCGCAAUCUGGUCGAUGUGAAGAAGGUCCUUGUUAUCGGUAGUGGUGGUCUGAGUAUCGGACAGGCUGGAGAGUUUGACUAUUCCGGCUCCCAGGCUCUCAAGGCUCUUAAAGAAGCUGGAGUGGAGUCCGUUUUGAUCAACCCUAAUAUCGCAACGAUUCAGACCGAUCACAAGCUUGCAGACGAAGUUUACUACCUUCCAGUUACUCCUGAAUAUGUCACCUACGUCAUUGAGAGGGAAAGACCGGACGCUAUCUUCCUUUCCUUCGGUGGACAGACCGCUCUGAACCUGGGUGUGCAGAUGAACCGCAUGGGUAUCUUUGAACGUUAUGGUGUGAGAGUUUUGGGAACGAGCAUCAAGACUCUGGAGACUAGUGAGGACCGUGAUCUUUUCGCCAAGGCGCUGAACGAGAUCAACAUUCCCAUUGCCGAGUCCAUUGCUGUUAACACUGUUGACGAGGCCUUGAAGGCCGCCGAGGAAGUUGGCUAUCCCAUUAUCGUUCGUUCCGCAUAUGCUCUUGGUGGUUUGGGUUCUGGAUUUGCCAACAACCCCGAGGAAUUGAGGAACCUGGCAUCCCGCUCUUUGACCCUUGCUCCUCAGAUUUUGGUUGAGAAGUCCCUUCGAGGCUGGAAGGAGGUUGAGUAUGAAGUUGUGCGUGAUGCUGACAACAACUGUAUCACUGUUUGCAACAUGGAGAACUUUGACCCCCUGGGUAUUCACACUGGUGACAGUAUUGUCGUUGCUCCCAGUCAGACUCUGUCCGACGAGGAGUAUCACAUGCUUCGUACGGCUGCCAUUAAGAUCGUCCGCCAUUUGGGUGUCGUUGGUGAAUGUAACGUGCAGUAUGCCUUGCAACCCGAUGGCUUGGACUACCGUGUGAUCGAGGUCAACGCUCGUCUCUCUCGCUCUUCUGCUUUGGCAUCUAAAGCUACCGGUUACCCUCUAGCCUACACCGCUGCGAAGAUCGGUCUGGGCCAUACUCUGCCCGAGCUGCCCAAUGCUGUGACGAAGACCACCACCGCGAACUUCGAGCCUAGUUUGGAUUACAUUGUUACCAAGAUCCCCCGGUGGGAUUUGAGCAAGUUCCAGCAUGUCAACCGGGAUAUUGGAAGUGCUAUGAAGUCGGUUGGUGAGGUGAUGGCCAUUGGUCGUACUUUCGAAGAAUCUUUCCAGAAGGCUAUCCGUCAGGUUGACCCUCGAUUCGUUGGUUUCCAGGGUGACAAGUUCGAGAACUUGGACGAGGUCUUGCAGAACCCUACCGAUCGCCGUUGGUUGGCAGUCGGCCAGGCUAUGCUCCACGAGAACUACUCGGUCGAUAAGGUUCAUGAGCUGACCAAGAUUGAUAAGUGGUUCCUCUACAAGCUUCAGAACAUCGUUGACUGCCAUAAUGAACUUAAGGAAAUUGGCAGCCUCUUCGGCAUUCAGAAGGAGACCAUGCUCAAGGCGAAGAAGCUUGGUUUCUCUGACAAGCAGAUCUCCCUCCUUGUCGGAGCAUCCGAAGACGAUGUCCGUGCGCGCAGAAAGAGCUUUGGCAUCACCCCAUGGGUGAAGAAGAUUGAUACUCUUGCUGCUGAGUUUCCUGCUGACACUAACUACCUAUACACCACCUAUAACGCCACUUCCCAUGAUGUUACUUUCGAUGACCAUGGUAUUAUCAUCCUGGGAAGCGGUGUCUACCGUAUUGGAAGCUCUGUCGAGUUCGACUGGUGUGCAGUUAACGCCACCCUUUCUCUCAGGAACAUGGGCAAGAAGACCGUUAUGAUCAACUACAACCCUGAGACCUACUCUACCGAUUUCGACACUGCUGACAAGCUCUACUUCGAAGAACUCAGCUACGAACGUGUCAUGGAUAUCUACGAACUCGAGACUGCCAGCGGUGUCGUUGUGUCCGUCGGUGGCCAGCUGCCACAGAACAUUGCCCUUCGUCUUCAGGAGACUGGUGGCGCUAACGUUCUCGGUACUGACCCUGUUGAUAUUGACAAGGCUGAGGAUCGUCACAAGUUCUCUUCGAUCCUGGAUAGCAUUGGUGUCGACCAGCCUGCCUGGAAGGAACUCACUUCAGUUGCUGAUGCCGAACGUUUCGCCGAGUCUGUCGGCUACCCUGUCCUAGUCCGCCCCAGUUAUGUCCUGUCUGGUGCUGCCAUGAACGUCAUCUACAGCCAGGAUGAGCUCAAGGAGAAGCUUCUUAAUGCUAGCGCUGUCUCCCCUGACCACCCUGUCGUCAUCACUAAGUUCAUUGAGGGCGCACAGGAAAUUGAUGUCGACGCUGUUGCUUCGAAUGGUAAGCUCCUGCUGCAUGCUGUCAGUGAGCACGUUGAGCCAGCUGGUGUCCACUCUGGUGAUGCCACUCUUGUUCUUCCUCCAGCCUAUCUCGAUGAGUCAGUCAUGGGCCGUGUCAAGGAGAUUGCUGAGAAGGUUGCUAAGGCCUGGAACAUCACCGGUCCUUUCAACAUGCAGAUCAUCAAGGCCGACCAGGAAGGUGCCCAGCCUGAGUUGAAGGUUAUUGAGUGCAACCUGCGUGCUUCCCGUUCCUUCCCCUUCGUCAGCAAGGUUCUAGGCACCAACUUCAUCGAUACUGCCACCAAGGCCCUUGUUGGCCGUGACGUUCCUGAGCCUGUAGACCUCAUGACCGAGAAGCGUGACUAUGUCGCUACUAAGGUCCCUCAGUUCAGCUGGACUCGUCUUGCUGGUGCUGACCCCUUCCUUGGCGUCGAGAUGUCCAGUACUGGUGAGAUUGCUUGCUUCGGUAAGGACUUGGUUGAGGCCUACUGGGCAUCUCUCCAGUCCACCAUGAACUUCCGUGUCCCUGAGCCCGGUGAGGGUAUCCUGCUUGGUGGUGACAUCAAGAACCCCGCUCUGGCCAAGAUUGUUGAAUACCUUCAGCCAUUGGGCUACAAGUUCUUCGCCGCUAGCGCCUCUGUUAAGGAUCACAUUGAGUCCACUGCCAAGGAAAGUGUUUCCGUGCAGGUGAUUGAGUUCCCCAAGAAAGACAAGCGUGCACUGCGCGAGGUCUUCGAGAAGUAUAACAUCCGUGGUACCUUUAACCUUGCUAAGACCCGGGGCAAGACCCUGCUGGAUGAGGACUACGUCAUGAGACGUAACGCCGUCGACUUCGGUGUUCCUCUGUUCAUGGAGACCAAGACUGCUCUCCUCUUUGCCCAGGCCAUGAGCGAGAAGCUGCCCCGUGCCGAGGGUAUGCCUUCUGAGGUCCGCAGCUGGUCUGAGUUCGCCGGCGGCAAGCUUCUGUAA